AUGGAUCCUAUCAAGUAUGUGUUUGAGAAACCCGCUCUCUCCGGACGAAUAGCAAUAUGGAAAAUGAUACUAACAGAAUACGACAUUCAGUACACGACACAGAAAGCAAUCAAGGGAAGUGUGUUGGCAGACCACUUGGUCCAACAAGCUGUAGACGAUUAUCAAUCUAUGAGUUUUGAAUUCCCAGAUGAGGAUGUUAUGCUUGUUAUAGAUUACGAACAACCUAGUCCGAAUGAAGGACCUGAACAAGGAUCGCGAUGGACCAUGGUUUUUUACGGAUCUUCGAAUGCACUUGGUAAUGGUAUUGGCGUUGUGAUUAUCUCUCUGGCAGGUGGACACACUCCAUUUAUAGCAAGUCUGUGUUUCGAUUGUACCAAUAAUAUGGCUGAGUAUGAAGCAUGUAUCUUAGGUCUUCGAGCUUCUAUUGACUUAAGAAUCAAGUUCUUAGAAGUAUAUGAGGAUUCAGCCCUAGUCAUAUGGGACAACGAAGCUCCUAUAGUCAUCAUAGAAAAGCAUGAUGAAUCGGCAUACUGUUACGAGAUAGCUACUGACGAGGUUGAACAAAAGCCAUGGUUUCAUGAAGUAAAAAGAUAUCUCGAAGCUCAAGAAUACCAUGAAGGGGCAUCUAUUAAUGACAAGAAGUUCUUGAGAAGAUUUGCUUCCAAAUUCUUCCUGAGUAAUGGUACCCUAUACAAGUGCAAUCAUGAUUGA